GGGACUCAUCCCUCUCCUUCUCCCCGCCCAGAUAAUUUGUGAAAAUGGGAACUCCAAUCGAAAUAGAAGAAGAGAUUGAAGGAGACCACAUCGAAACCACCGAUUUCUUCUUCGACAAAAUCGGAGAUUCAAUUCCAAUCAAACCCCCAGAGCAUGUAAAUCCCAAAUUCGAUCUUCAAAACCCUCCCUCUCUGCCUCUGGCCGUCUCCGAGCGUUCUCAUCUCAUCUUCGUCGCCCAUUCCUCCGGGUUUUGUGUGGCGAAGACGAAAGACGUGAUUGAUGCGGCCAAGGAGAUUAAGGAGAGUGGGAAGAAAGGUGUUUGUAUACAGGAGUUGAGUGUUGUGGAUGUUUCGUUUGAGAAGGUUCACAUUCUUGCUUUGUCUACCAAUGAGUCCACGCUUUCUGUUUCUCUUUCGCAUUCCCCGGAUAUUCAUUUCUUUUCUGUCCAGUCGCUUCUUGAUAAGGAAGUGAAACCAUCUUUCUUCUGUUCUCUUGAUGGAUCAAACUAUGUAAAGGACAUACAUUGGGCUAAGAAAGCAGAAAAUUCUUUUCUUGUUCUUUCAAAUCUUGGGAAGCUAUAUAGUGGAGUUUUUGAUGGUCGUCUUCAGCAUGUGAUGGACAAUGUUGAUGCUGUUGAAUGGAGUGUAAAAGGGAAAUUUGUUGCUGUGGCAAAGGAGAGUAUUCUUAGCAUUCUCUCAUCUAAGUUCAAGGAAAGAUUGUGCAUAUCGCUAUCAUUCAAGUCGUGGGUUGAUGAGGCUGAUGUUCAGUGCAGUGUGAAAGUGGAUUUUAUCAGGUGGGUUCGUCAUGAUUGUAUCAUCCUAGGCUGUUUUCAGUUAACUGAAGAUGGGAAGGAAGAAAAUUACCUUGUCCAAGUUAUCAGAAGCAAAGAUGGCAAGAUUACUGAUGCUGCUUCCAAGCCGGUUGUCCUGUCCUUCUGCGAUUUAUUUGCUGGUCUCGUUGAUGACAUCGUGCCCUUUGGAAAUGGACCUUAUUUAUUCUUGAGCUACUUACAACAAUGUGAGCUUGCAAUUACUGCUAAUAAAAAGAAUACAGAUCAGCAUAUUGUGUUGCUUGGUUGGUCACUGGGUGAUGAAGAGACUGAUGUUGCAGUUGUUGAUAUUAACCGAGAUAAGUGGCUCCCAAGGAUUGAGCUUCAAGAUAAUGAUGAUGAUAAUUUGAUCAUGGGACUUUGCAUUGAUAAAGCUUCUCUCUAUGGAAAAGUCAAAGUCCAACUUGGAGUUGAAGAAGAGAAAGAACUUUUACCAUAUUGUGUUCUAAUGUGUCUAACUCUAGAGGGAAAGCUUAAUAUGUUCCAUGUUGCUAGUCUUUCAGGAACAACAGCAUCACCUGGUGCUGUUUCCACCCUUUCUGAUGAGGAAGAGGGUACAUCUGAUGUGGUAACUGGAGAAUGCGAAUUGCCUAAACUUUCUUCUGGAUCAGGGGAACAAAAUAAAGCAGUGGCUAUUAGUUCACAGUUGCAGGACUGUUACUUAAAGGAGCUUAACAUGGCUGGUGGCAGAGAAAUUUCUGCGAAAAACAGCCUUGGGCAAUUUGGCAAUUAUGAAAGUUAUAUAUCUUCACCUGCCAAUCAAAUAUCCCAUAAAGAUACCACAUCUGGAAACCGGGAUUUGGAAGGUACUGUUGGUCAACAAGUACAGCUCUCUGUGCAGCAAAGCACAAAUUUGGGGCAAUCAUCUUCUGAGGUUUCUCAUCAAGAGGAACCUCGUUAUGCAGUUCAGAAUUCCAACAAGACAGAAACUCAAAACAUUGCAGGGUUUGGGUCAGAAUUUUCUGCUUUUGCAGGAAAAGUUCCAACUGAUGUCCCUAGUAUAUCAAAUCAGAAGGAUGUACCAAAAAGCUUUGAGCUUGGUAAGGAGUUGCUUGGAAAGACUGGAUCAGCUGGCUUACAGAGUGCAACAUCUCAAUCAUGGUCAAGUGGGAAAAACAUAUUUGUAAAUGAAUCUGAUGUCAAAUCACCAGUUAUACCUUCAAGUCACAUUCAAGGUAAAAUUUCUGAAAAUUUUGGCACUAGUGUAGGUGCUGCAAAUGUUUCUGGUGGCUUUGCUGGAAAACCUUUCCCUUGGAAGGAUGCCAGGGGGACAUCAUCUUCAGUCAAUUUUUCUACUAGACCAGUCCAGGGUGAUGGUCUGAGAACUUCAACCGAGAUGGGGAAAAUUGAGUUGUUACCAUCCAUACGUAGUUUGCAAUCUUCAACACAAACAAAUUUUGCAUCUGGAAAGUCUCACAACAAUAAGCUUUAUCCUUCCAGAGAUGACUACAAAGCUACUGUUUCAGGAAUGCCAAAUUCAGAACCAAACUUAUCGAAACAGUCUGGCAAUCUUAAAGAGAUGACCAAGGAGUUGGAUGCACUUCUGCAGUCAAUAGAAGAGAGAGGUGGCUUUAGGGAUGCCUGCACUAUUUCUCAGAUGAGUAAAGUUCAAGAAUUGGAGCAGGGCAUCGGGACUCUUUCUGAAAAAUGCCGAAUGUGGAGGAGCAUAAUGGAUGAACAGCUUGAAGAGAUCCAGAAUCUUCUUGAUAAAACUGUUCAAGUUUUGGCAAGGAAAAUAUACAUGGAAGGCGUUGUUAAGCAAGCUUCUGAUUGCCGAUAUUGGGACCUCUGGAAUCGCCAGAAGUUGAGUCCUGAACUUGAGCUGAAGCGGCGGCAGAUAUUACAAUUAAAUCAGGAUUUGACCAAUCAAUUAAUUGAGUUGGAGCAGCAUUUCAAUACCCUUGAACUCAAUAAAUUUGGUGAAAAUGAUGGCCUUCAUGUAGGUCGGAGAGCUCCUCAGAGUAAAGUUGGGCUUUCAAGAUGCAUUCAAUCUCUGCAUAGCUUGCAUACCACAAUGAGUUCACAAUUAGCAGCUGCAGAGCUACUCUCUGAACGCCUUUCCAAACAAAUGGGUGUUCUGACUAUAGAGUCUCCUAUGAAACAACAAAAUGUAAAAAAGGAGUUAUUUGAAACAAUUGGAAUUCCUUAUGAUGCCUCUUUCAGCUCUCCUGAUGCAAAAGUUACUGAUCCCUCUUCCAUGAAGAAACUUCUACUUUCUUCUGGUUCUGCUGCUACCAAAGAUCAUUCCAGGAGGCGCCAAUCAAGUGCUAUGAAAAGUUAUGAUCCAGAAACUGCAAGGAGGAGGAGAGACUCACUGGACAGGAGUUGGGCUAGCUUUGAGCCACCUAAAACAACUGUGAAAAGAAUGCUUUUGCAAGAACAUCAGAAGGCGAGUCCAAAUAAAUUAUCCUUGAGUGAUAAGAAAUAUGUUAGCCCUCACAUGUCAAAUGGAGCGGCAAUUGUUCGUCCAAAGGAUCGAGCAACGCCUUCAUCAUCCUUGUACCUAUCUGGAAACGAAGGCAUUCAGGAAACUUCACUAAAACAGGCUUCUGAAAACCAGUCAACCUUGUUCAGAUGGGCCAAUGAUCCAGUAGGACCAUCUCAAUCUACCGGGCCGAAGUUUCCUGUGUACCAAAGUAACACUGCUGCAAUAUCAUCACAUUCAGCUCUGCAAUUGCCACUUAUGGGAGGGCAAAAUCAUGCUAGAUAUGAUAUCACUGCAGAUAAAUCAAGCCAUGUUGAUAAGUCUAAUUCGGUUUUGAUUGGUGAGACCAGGCCAAUUUUGCAAUCUGAGACUAGCGUAAAUCAAAAGCCAUCUACCCAUACAGUGUUGCCCUCAUUUGCUCCAUCGUUAUCAAAGAAAACCAGUGAAACACCAAAUUCAAAUGGUAAAGGGAGUUUGUCAGCAAAUUCAACAAUUGAAAGUGAGAAACCUCUGCUGACAACUACAAAAAUUGUGACUAUUGAAUCGGGUAAAAAUCGUGAUGCUCAAUUAUCAAUAUCAGCAGCUAUCCCAACGGCUUCUGCCCUUCCUGGAAAAGUUGCACAGUUUGAUGUUGCAACCAAAAGCAAACCUGGUGAAAAAGUAUCAACCUCUCCUGCAUUCUCAAUGCCACCUGCUUUAUUAUCUCCAAUGUUUAAUUUUUCAAAUGCUUCCCCAUCCACAUUAUCCACAUUGUCUUCAACUUCCUCAUCAUCUGCAAUGUCAUUUGGUGAGUCUUUGACUACUUCUAAAGCUUCCAUAGAUGUUAAGCCAAUAGUUUCUUCAAUAUCCAUGUCCUUACCUUCUACCUUACCAAUUGCUUCCCCAUCCUCAGUAUCAGCUUCUUCCUUUACAACUUUUUCCUCUUCUAGUUUCUUCUCUGUUCAGGCUCUCAAAACACCAGUGUCCUUAUCUAAUACCCCUGCUGUGAGCUUGACGUCAGAGUCUCCUAAAACAGAACCUCAACUCUCUACGGAUAAACUUAUUUCAAAAACAGAAGGCAAUGCUACUAUACAAACAAAGCCAGUGCAGCCAGGUUCUCCAGUGGCUGGAUUUGGUUCAAAGCUUGAAACUUCUGUGUCAUCUUCCUCUGCAGUUGAAGCUCCAACUUCAGUGUCAUCUACCUCUGCAGUUGAAACUCCAACUUCAGUGUCAUCUGCCUCUGCUGUUCAUACUCCAACUUCAUUGGCACCUGGAAGCAAGCCUAGUUUUACAAAUACGGCAGGUAAUGUAUUUAGUGUGUUAUCAAAUGCUCAACGAGAAGAGUUAUCUACUGCAAACACUCUGUUUUCAUCACCGAUCCCAACUUCUGCAACUACCACUGGUGGCAAGAAUGAAAGUUUGGACAUUGCAGUUUCACAGGAGGAUGAGAUGGAGGAGGAAGCUCCUGAGACCAGCCAGACAACUGAGCUUAGCUUGGGAAGCCUUGGUGGUUUCGGAAUUGGCUCAACUCCCAAUCCAUCUGCACCUAAACCAAAUCCGUUUGGUGGUCUUUUUGGCAAUGCUGCAACAAGUCCAGUAAGUUCACCUUUCACCGUGUCAGUUCCUAGUGGACAGCUGUUCCGGCCUGCAUCUUUUAGCUUUGAAUCUCCACAGUCUUCCCAACCAUCUCAGCCAACGGCUUUCAGUUCUUUUUCCGGAGGAUUUGGUACUACAGCAACUCCUCAAGCUUCCGCCCAAACUGGAUUUGGCCAACCAGCCCAGAUUGGGUCUGGCCAGCAAGCAUUGGGGUCAGUUCUUGGUUCGUUUGGACAGUCGAGACAAAUUGGUGCUGGUCUACCAGGAGCAGGUUUUGCUUCUGCAAGUGGAGGUGGAUUUGCUGCUGUUGCUUCUGGUAGUGGUGGAUUUGCUAAUUUGGCCUCAGGUGGUGGGGGAUUUGUUGGUGUGGCACCAGGUGGUGGCGGAUUUUCUGGUGUCGCUUCUGGAGGAGGCUUUGCAGCUGCUGCCCCAGCUGGUGGAGGCUUUGCAGCUGCUGCCUCAGGUGGUGGUGGAUUUGCUGCAGCAGGUGGUGGUGGAUUUGGAGCUUUCGGAAGCCAACAAGGAUCAGCUUUUGGUGGGGGUGCUGGAGGAACUGGAAAGCCUCCCGAACUCUUCUCACAGAUGAGAAAAUAGAUUUGGCUGUGUUUUUUGAGCAGCAGAUCCUCUUUUUAAUGUAUUGGCAUAACCAUAGAGUUAAGUUCCAUUGAUAAGGUUCGUAGAAGAAACAGAUGUCAGUUCCAGAAUGUGAAUGUAAAGUAUUAUUAAUAUGAGCAGUUUCAUUCA